CGCACCCGCGGCUGGCACUAGUUCUUCCGGGAUCCGUCCCAGUCCGAGGGCAGAACAGAAGAGAAAGCCACAAGGGCAGAACAGAGCAAUCGAUCAGAGGGGACGACGUGGCACGGCUUAGCGUGCGCCCCCUCUCGCUCUCACGGGCCGCCACCGCGCACGCAAUCAAGCCUUCUCUCCCUCCCUCCCAAAACAAAGCCGACCACCUCCUCCUCCUCCGUCCGCCGAUGUCUGCCACCCGCCGCCGCCGCCCCUCGCCGCCUCCGCCGGCGUGGACCCCGGAGCCGUGGACCGACGGGGAGACCUCCGCGCUGCUCGAGGCCUGGGGCCCGCGGCACCUCCGCGCCGGCGGCGGGCCCCUCCGCACCGCCGACUGGCGCGCCUGCGCCGCCGCCGUCACCGCCCGCCGCGCCGCCGCCGGCCGCGCGCCGCGCACCGUCGACCAGUGCAAGAACCGGAUGGAUUACCUCAAGAAGCGCCUCAGGGCCGAGCGCUCCAGGCCGAGGGGGGCCGACCCGCCGCCGCCGCCGCUCUCGGGCUCCCUCGCCCGGCUCCGCAAACUCCUCAGCCAAGCCCCCUCGGUUCCCCACGGACUCGCGCCCCGCGUCACCGUCACGCCCAAGUCGGAGGAAGAGGACGACGACGACGACGAGGGGGAGGAGCAGAACGGCGGGGCUCCUCUGCACCGCGACUGGCCGCCGGUCCCCAAGCGGCGGCGGACCGCGGUGUCCUUGUCGCCGGUGAGCUCCGCCGCCGAGGGCCACCAUCACGAAAACGGAGGGGUAGGCUGCACGGAGGUGGCGGCGGCUCUCGAUAGGCUGGCGGGGACGUACGAGCGGGUUGAAGCGGCGAAGCAGAAGGAGGCGGCGCGGCUGGAGGAGCGGCGCCUGGAGGCCAUGCGCGACCUAGAAAUCGGACGGAUGCGAGUUCUCGUCGACGUCGCCGUCCCCACCUCCGCCGGUACCGACAAAGCCGCCGCCGCCGCCGCCACACCGGCGGCGGCCUAGUCGAUGAGGUAGAACAAUAGACUGCCCAUGGUAGCCUCCAGACGCCAGUUUGUCUUUUCAGGAGAUCAUUGCAGUGCGGAGAAGCCAAUUGAUGCCAUGGUCUUACCAAAAAUUACAUGGGUUUAGGUUACAGCAAAAGCCUAGCCAGAUACAGGAUAGAACAUUAUGAGAUCAUUUUUUCUCUAGUUCGCUCAUUUCGGGUUUUACAGCUUAGUCUAAAUGUACCGUUUUAUUUUUGCAACUCUGCCAGUCUUAUUGAUGAGUGGUAACUGCUGCUGUAAUCCCCUUUCGUUUCCAGCCGACGAACUAUAAAGCCGUGGAGCAUUAUAUAGGUAAAUAUGAAGGUUUGGUACUUUUAUCCAGUGC